GCAGCUGUCUUAUCGCAAUGUCUGGGCGCGGUAAAGGCGGAAAGGGGCUGGGAAAAGGAGGCGCGAAGCGCCAUCGCAAGGUGCUGCGCGACAAUAUCCAGGGCAUCACCAAGCCCGCCAUCCGGCGUCUGGCCCGGCGUGGGGGUGUCAAGCGCAUCUCUGGUCUUAUCUACGAGGAGACCCGCGGGGUGCUCAAGGUCUUCCUGGAGAACGUGAUCCGGGACGCGGUCACCUACACCGAGCACGCCAAGCGCAAGACAGUCACCGCCAUGGACGUGGUCUACGCGCUCAAACGCCAGGGGCGCACUCUCUACGGCUUCGGCGGUUAAUUUUUUCAUCGCAAUCGUCUGCAGGAAACCCAAAGGCCCUUUUCAGGGCCACCCAUCCGUUCACUCCAAAAGAGUUUGUCACUUUACCAACAGCGCUCUUCAUCCUAACAUCUUAAGACGUUACAGCCAGUGUCCUUUAGGAUGUCAGUGUGGACUAUUCUUCUAUUGGCUUGAAAGCUAUUUUAAGGAAACUAAUGCCAAAUGAGCCUCUUUCCUUGGCAUCUCUUUCACCAUGUUCCAUGAUGGGCAGAACACAACGGAGGAGCUCCUUACAGGUUAGAGACGAAUGGGUGGACUGUCCAUGUGUCUUAGGCAGUUGUAAUCUGGACAUUUCAAAGUAUUCUCUCCCCUUAGGAGAGUAGUUCUUAACAAUAUGUGGAUCAAAAACUCCUUUGAGAAUCUGUUUAAAAAUACACAUAUGGACAUAGACAUUUCCUGGGGCUCAUUUACCCUCUGAGGCUCAUUCAGGGAAUUCCCAGGGCUCCAUGGAGGCCUGUCACCAACCUGGAGUCUAGGAUUUCAGAGUCUGAGGUGUAGAGGUGCAAAAUUUAAGGACAGAGAGAAAAGAGCAGACAUAAUGCAUAAAGAAAACAUUGAACAAGAGUAAAUUUGUUGCCAUUUAUUCCCUGUGUGCAGUGGACCUGUAUCUUCUUGAGAAAUUAGAUCAAGUUCUAACAUUUAUUUUAUAACUCAGAAUGCAAGAUAGAUAGCUCAUUCUGAAAAAAUUUUGAUUCUCAAAGGCUCAAAUUUACUGAAUCUCACUUUGAACUUGCCUUCCAUUGAUAGUAAAUAUGUAGCAAGGCCUAAAUAUUUAAUUGUCUACAUCAUUGAGCAAAUCGUAUAUUAAGUUUGUAAGAAACUUUUCCAAUCCCCCUCUUCGAGAUAAAAAGGAAACAGAAACCUUGUACAGAGGGAUGUUUACUCUUUGUCUUUGUGUCUUUGGUUAAAUCACUUAUCUCUGUGCCUCCGUUUCCUCAUGUGUAAAAUGAAGAUAACUGUAGUACCUAUCUUACAGAUUUGGGGGUGAAUAAAAUUAAAUAUGUGUUAAGCAUUUUGACAAGUGCAUGGCACAUGGUAAAUGCUCUAUGUUUUGGCUAUUGUUGUUACUGUUAUUGCUAUUAUUAUUUCUCAUGAUAUUAGAGAGGCUCAGAGGAAAAGAAUGUGGCAUUUGAACCAUGAAGACAUAACACUUGAAGUUCCGAACUGCCAUUUUCUAUCUUUGUAGUCGGUGGCAAAUUACUAACCACUGUUCCAUUAUCUGCAAUGUAGAAGAAACUUCAUAUUUUGUGAGGACUGAGUGAGACAAUAUAGGAUAAAUAAUAUGACCAUAGCAAGUGUUCAACACAUAUAAGUUUACAUAUAUUCUUAAGAAGUUGCAAGUGUGUUAAUGAAAGUUCUUUGGGAUGCAAACAUAAAACACCAAUUCCACAGAAUUUAAGCCAAAUAAAAUACUCUCUUGAAAGACAAGUUUACUGACAACACUUAAGGAAUUGCUGACCACUCAGGCCUGUCUUUCUCUUCAGUCCCUUUUCCAAGUUUCUAGGAAAGUGAAUCUGAUUGAUCCAGCUGGGCAGGUGCCUGCAUCAAACAGAUAUGAUGGCGCCAGAGAGAGGGUAACAACAUAAUGGGGACAUGGGGUACAGCUCUAAGUGAAGUUUUUACCAGGGAAGAGGAAAUAAUCAUGGAGUCCUGAAGGUGUCCUAGAUGAUGUCCAGUUUGCCCAUUAGUACCUGUAGCCCAAAUUCCCAGUGAGUUCCGUUUACUAUAUCCAAAGCUCACGUCUACUCUCAUCCUACUAGACGUCACACCGGCUUGGUCAAAUCUUCCUCCUUGAAACAUUUUAUUUUCUCGAUUUCUGUGACUUCACUCUCCUGUUAUUUUCCCAAGAUCACUUGUCACUAUUUAGACUCUUUUGCUGUCUCCUUUCUAAAGUUUGGAGUGCUUCUAUGAUAAACUCACUUUACCGUUUCUCCAUGGCUAAUCUCCAAUUUCAUGCCAUGCUGAAAAUAUUAAAAUAUCUAUUUCCAAAAUUUUCAAAACUUAUAUGUCCCGUCCCCAUGUUGCCUCUAAAUUCCAUAUUCACAUAUCCAACUAUACACUUGACAUCUUCAAUGGAAUGCUCAAGACAAUUUACAAACUGUCAUGUCCCAGUCUCGGAAACCUCAUCCUCUCCUAGAAUUCUUUUUUUUUUUUUUAAAGAUUGACAC